AUGGUUGUCGGCGGCUGCUUCUGCGGAAAGAUCCGCGUAGAAUAUAAUGGCGAACCCAUUAUAUCGGCAUUGUGCCACUGUUACGACUGUCGCAAACUUACUGGGACUCUCUUCACCUACAGUUUCGUGGUCCUCAUGGCGGACCUGAAGAUUUCAGGCAGUCCCAAAGAGGUGGCCAAAAGAGCCGACAGCGGGAACCAGAUCAAGAACUAUUUCUGCUCAGAUUGCGGGACACCGAUCUACGGGCACAAAAUCCAGCCGUCGGGGGUUCCAGACGAGAUCACCAUUCUUCGGGCCGGAAUCUUUGACGAUAUCGAGUUUCUGGACCAGAACAAGCCGAAGGCUGAGAUAUUUCGACUCGGACGUGUCAAGUGGAUGUGCCCUCUGGAAGGGACCGACCAAUUCAUCGGCAUGCCGUCGCUUUCGUAG